AUGAAGAUACGACAAACAUACCAAUUAACCGAUCAAUUUGUUGCAUUUGUAAAAGAAAUUACAGUCAGAUGCAAUAAAUAUCGUGAUUUAAUUGAGUUUGUAGGUAAACCACCUUCUGUUGUGGUAACCAGAUGGAAUACGUGGCUAGAAUGUGCCAUAUGGUAUUAUUCGAAUUACUCUGGGGUUAAUAAUUUUUUAGGGAAAAAUUGA